CUUCUCUGGCUGUCUGUCUUGGAGCUGUGUGGAUAUUUUUCCUCCUAAGAAUCAUGAAAGUUUUCUGCAUCCUUGCUGUGCUUUUUCUGAUCUCUACCAAACAUCAAAGUUUUGAGCUUUCUCACCCCAAACCGGCGUGUCGUUACCCUCCAUCUCAGUGGUGUCGGUCUCUGGAGAUCGCCAUAGAAUGCAAGGUCCAGAAGCAAUGCAUGGAGCUUGGUGCCAUUAAGCCAAACCAGACGGUUCCUCGGGUCGCCCUCACGCUGUACUAUGAGAGCCUGUGUCCAGACUGCAGACACUUCAUCACCAAGCAGCUGUUCCCCACCUGGACAAUGCUGCAGGACAUCAUGUCCCUCACACUCGUUCCUUAUGGGAAUGCCAAGGAAGUUUUAUCUGUUAACCGUCCCUUCACCUGUCAACAUGGAGAGCCUGAAUGCAGAGGAAACAUGAUUCAGGCCUGCAUCAUCCAUUUGACUGGAACUUCACUGGCAUUUCAAAUCAUCUACUGCAUGGAGUCUGCUGCAAAUGUCCUGAAUGCUGCAGAGCCUUGUCUCCAGCUGUAUGCUCCCUCCGUAUCCUGGGCCGCUGUUGAUGCAUGCGUGACUGGACGUCUGGGUUACAAGCUGAUGCAUGGUUAUGCCGUCAUGACCAGAGCUCUGAACCCGGCCCACACACACGUUCCUUGGGUCACGAUUGAUGGGGAGUACACAGAAGAAACUGAAGCAAAGACUACAUCCUCACUGUUUCAUCUGAUCUGUGAUCGCUAUAAGGGAGUGAAGCCUCCAGCCUGCACCGGUGCCUCUGUUAAACUGAGCAGAAGCGGCUGCCCAACAGAAUGAAUUCACUGAAACAUGUCUGCCAUGACUAAAAGAUAAUAAAAUA